AGUGAAAAUCAUAUUUAUCUCUCUCUUUCUCUGAACCACCGUCGUUCCCAUUGAUUAGUCUUUCUCUCUCUCUCUCUCUAGAGCCGAUGAUAAACGACGGCGGUUUUCACCGGAACUGAGGGAAAUUAGCUGUCACAUGGCGGGUGAAGAUGUUUCGAGCAAUUUCCGAGCUUUGGUGGAGAACGCUGACCGGAAAUUCGCCAGAGUUCGCGAUCUUCCUGCGUUUGGAAGAGCACAGAGUCACUACUUCCAAAAGGUUUUCAAAGCUUAUAUGAAACUAUGGAAUUAUCAGCAAUCUUAUAGGUCGAAGCUGGUCGAGUCCGGUUUAAACCGAUGGGAAAUCGGCGAGAUCGCGAGCCGGAUUGGUCAGCUUUACUUUAGUCAGUACAUGAGGACUAGUGAAGCAAGGUUUCUUCUUGAGGCUUAUGUCUUCUAUGAAGCGAUUUUGAGGAGGAGGUACUUUGAUGAAGCUCAAGGGAAAGAUCUUGGUGCUCGAUUUAAGGAGUUAAGGUUUUAUGCGAGGUUUUUGCUUGUUUCCUUGAUUGUUGAUCGGAAAGAAAUGGUUUUGCAUUUAGCUGAGAAGCUUAGGGUUUUGGUUGAUGACAGCAAAUCUAAUUUCAGGGAGACAAACUUUAAGGAGUGGAGGCUAGUUGUGCAAGAAAUCACUCGGUUUAUUAAAUCUGAUACAAAUUUAACUUAUGUUAGGCCUCUACGUUAUUGUGCAAUGCUUGAUUCAUAUCCAGCUUCUCAAACAUAUCUAGCGCGGUUCCACGCUAAGAAGUUGUUUAAGUUUCGUGAUGCUCUUUUGGCUAGUUAUCACCGUAAUGAGGUGAAAUAUGCUGAAGUCACCUUGGAUACGUAUAGAAUGAUGCAGUGUUUAGAAUGGGAACCCAGUGGAUCUUUUUACCAAAAACGGCCUGUUGUUGAAGCGAAGGAGAAUGGUUUUGUGAUUGAUCAUACUUUAACUUCUGGGCUUAUAGAUAUGAAGUUGGCUGCUGAUAUGGCUGAUCCAUCAUUACCUCCUAAUCCUAGAAAAGCAAUUCUUUAUCGUCCCACGGUAUCUCACUUGCUAGCGGUUUUGGCAAUGAUUUGUGAUGAGCUCUCUCCAGAGACUGUGAUGCUGUUAUAUUUGUCAGCUUCAGGUGGUCCUGCUCGUGAAAAUGUUGCGCAACCAGAGAACUCUGUCGGUUCAAGCAGAACAUCAAAAAGCAAGCUGCUUGCACGAGCCUCCCAAGAACAGAAAAGUUACAAGUCAGAACCACAUAGCAAUGGAAAAAUGUCGUCAGGUGAUUAUUAUGAGGAUCAUCUCUGGUUAGGUCCUAGAGGAGGCUCUGGUUCAAACAAUCUUUACCCUGGUGAUCUAAUCCCUUUUACACGGAAACCACUUUUCUUGAUCAUUGAUAGCGACACUAGCCGUGCAUUCAAGGUUUUGGGUGGCGCAGAGAGAGGCGAGCCUGUUGCUAUGCUUCUUUCUCCUCUGAAGCCAUCAUUCGAGAACCCAUCUACUGAUGAUGAUACAGAAGCACUAAACGGAAGUCAGUUUACUUUUUUCUUAACAGCUCCUUUACAAGCAUUCUGUCAAAUGCUUGGCCUCUCAAACUCAAACCCCGACCCUGAAGUUUAUGAUGAAGCAGAGAGCAUACUUUCUGCUUCCUUUUCUGAGUGGGAAACGAUUCUCUUGACUUCCAAAGUCUUGAAUCUUGUGUGGGCACAGGUCUUGCCAGAUCCAUUCUUGAGACGGCUGAUUCUCAGAUUCAUAUUCUGCCGGUCUGUACUCACUUCCUUCAUCCGCACAGAGGAUCAUGACCUGUAUCUACCUCAAUGCCACCCGAAUCUCCCAGAGUCGAUCUCACCGGUAUCUAAACCAGUGCAGUCCUCAGUACAACGACUAGCUGACCACUUGGGUGUUGCCAAAUCUUUCCACUUCACCAAAUCAUAAAACUAGAAAAACCCACUAGCCUUUGUGGUUGGGAGGUUGGUGGGUGAGAUAGUAGGUUGUUUGUUCGUUUUUUAUAGAGAAGUCUGUAUUUUUUUUAGGGUAUAAAGAAAGAGAAAAUUGUAAUUUGGGGAUUUAAUUUAUUUUGAUUUGAUGAUUCUUUAGUUUUGUCCUUUGUAAAAGAUUAGAACCAGGUAAUAAUCAUUAGUCUCUUCUCUAGGAUGGUUUGCUUUGUGUACAAGGAGAGAUUAACAAUAUAUGUGCAUUCCUUUAAAGAAAGUGUGACAUUUUUGUUCU